AUGACUUCGCAUACCGACAAACCCAAGCGGGCGGCCAUUGUGAUCCCCCCGCCGCCCACCACCACGUCGGUACAACAUUCGCCUGCCUUGCCUCCUCGCCGAACGCUCCCGCUCCGCUUCAUCGAUUGUCCCAAAGAUGACCUGAUUGUCAUAAUUUCCCGCAUGCUCUCCUCGCUAAUUUCCAUCAACGACAAACAGAUCUCUCCUGAUAUCAACCACCAGUCACUGACACGAUUUCACUCGCGGUCGCCGCCGCAGAUCUCGCUGUACUCGUAUCUCUCGAGACUGUCGCAUUAUUCCUCUUUGGAGAAUUCUGUGUUAAUAACCAGCAUUUAUUACAUCGAUCUGUUGAGCAUGUGUUAUCCCACGUUUGCCGUGAGCUCUCUGACGGUGCAUAGGUUUUUGCUGACGGCCACAACGGUGGCGUCCAAAGCGCUGUGCGACAGUUUCUGCUCAAAUAGCCACUAUGCCAAGGUUGGAGGAGUUAACCUGAUGGAGCUGAACGUGCUGGAAACAGAGUUCCUGAACAAGGUGGGGUACCGCGUGGUGCCCCGGGAUUUCAACCACGACAAGCUGCGCGAGCGGAAAAGCAGCACAGGAACGCUCGACACUGACUAUUUCAAGAAAAUCAAGCUGGGCAUCGAAAAUGCAGCAGAGGUGCUGGAUUUAUAUUAUAAACGCAUGGUGAUGCUCGUGGGCGGACCGGAAGCCGAGGACGUGGGGUGUCACGACGGCGUGGAGUACACGUUGGCAGGAGAAAACGGGAAGGAGGACCAGGAGCAGAAGCUCGCAGGCUCGCAGCUACAGGCAGAGCAGGACGACGUGAGCAGACGCAAACUACGCAAGCUGAACAAAAACGACCUGGAGUCGGAGAAUGAUGGACUGCGGUCGCCGAAAAGUCACUGA